AUGGCCGCUGCUGCCACAGACUCUCAGCCCAACCUGCCCUCGCGGGACCGAGCCGAGCCCGGCUCGUGCAACAUCCCGGUGGGCCAGUUCCCGCAGACAGCCUCGACGACCCCAGACGACCCAGACAAGAUUGCGACAAAGAUCAUUGAGCAGCUGAAUGACAGCCUGGCAAAGAAGGACCAACAAUCCCUCGCCGGGCUGUUUCUGGAGAACAGCUACUGGCGCGACCACCUGUGCUUCUCGUGGGAAUUCCAUACCACCAAGGGCCCCAAUGCGAUUGCAGAGUUCGUAACAAAACCAUCGCCAUCCGGCAAGAUCGAGAUCGACCGGUCGUCGGCGUUCAAGGCUCCCCAUAAUGGGCCCAUUGAUGCCUUUGGUGAAGUCCAUGGCAUCGAAUUCUUCAUCUUGUUCGCUACGGACGUUCGACGUGGACAUGGUGUCGUGCGAUUGGCUCAGCAGAACAAUGACUGGAAGAUUAACAUUGUUUUCACUUCUCUGGUUGAGUUGACUGGCUACGAGGAAGCUGUGAGCCAUCGCAGACCUAUUGGUGCGAGGCAUGGCGAGCAGCAGGGUAGAACGAACUGGCAGGAUCGACGAACUGCAGACACCAACUUUGAGGGAAAAGAGCCCGCAGUCCUGAUCGUCGGUGCUGGCCAAGGUGGCCUGACCGCUGCUGCGCGUCUCAAGAUGCUCAACAUUGAUACGUUGAUCAUCGACCGCGGGGAUAGGAUCGGGGACAGGUGGCGCCGGCGGUACCAUCAGCUUGUUCUCCAUGACCCCGUGUGGUUCGACCACAUGCCAUACCUGCCUUUCCCUUCGAACUGGCCGAUUUUCACCCCCAAGGAUAAGCUCGCGGGAUUCUUCGAAGCCUAUGUCAAGCUUCUGGAGCUGAAUGUCUGGACCCAAACCGAACUCCAGUCAUCCUCCUAUGACGAGGCCAAAAAGCAAUGGACUGUCGUUCUCCAACGCAAGAAGGAGGAUGGAACCACCGAAACUCGCACGCUGCAUCCGCACCACGUCAUCCAAGCAACCGGGCAUUCUGGCAAGAAAAACGCCCCGACUUUCAAGGGCAUGGAGUCGUUCCAAGGCGAUCGCAUGUGCCAUAGCUCCGAGUUUCCGGGUGCGAACGAAAAUUCCAAAGGCAAGAAAGCUAUUGUUAUUGGGUCUUGCAACUCGGGACACGACAUUGCGCAAGACUACUAUGAGAAGGGAUACGACGUGACCAUGGUGCAGCGCAGCUCGACGUGCGUAGUCUCGUCGGAAUCGAUCGUCAACAUCGCCCUGAAAGGCCUGUACGAGGAAUCGGGCCCAGCGACCGAAGACGCAGAUCUAUAUCUGUGGAGUUUUCCCCCAGAGCUGUUCAAGAAACAGCAAACCAAUAUCACCAAAGCCACAAGCCAGAACGAUGCCCAAACCAUCCAAGGACUAGAGAAGGCCGGCUUCAAGGUUGACCAGGGCCCCAUGGAUGCAGGACUGUUGUUCAAGUAUCUGCAGCGCGGAGGCGGGUACUACAUUGACGUUGGGGCCAGCCAGCUGAUCGUCGACGGAAAGAUCAAGGUCAAGCAGGGCCAGGAAAUUAGCGAGGUUGUGGCGCGGGGACUGCGGUUCGCGGAUGGGUCCGAGUUGGAGGCUGACGAGAUUGUCUUUGCGACGGGGUACCAGAACAUGAGGUCGCAGGCGCGAAUCAUUUUCGGAGACGCGGUUGCAGACCGCGUGGGCAAUGUCUGGGGCCUGAAUGCCGAGGGCGAAAUGCGCAUGAUGUGGCAGCGCAGUGGGCACCCGGGCUUCUGGUUUAUGGGCGGCAAUCUGGCGCUGUGUCGGUACUAUUCACGACUGCUGGCGCUGCAGAUCAAGGCAUUGGAAGUAGGCCUUGCUUCGUACUAG